GGUUAUAAAGUUUACUAUACUACAAAUCCUAAUCAACCAGAAGCGUCUUGGGAUUCUCAAAUGGUUGAUAACAGUGAACUGACAACAAUAUCUGACUUAACACCCCAUGCCAUAUACACGGUACGUGUACAGGCAUAUACCUCCAUGGGGGCCGGUCCAAUGUCCACGCCAGUACAAGUGAAAACACAACAAGGUGUCCCUUCGCAACCCAGCAAUUUCCGGGCCACCGAUAUCGGCGAGACCGCAGUUACAUUGCAAUGGUCCAAACCGACACAUUCCAGUGAAAAUAUUGUUCAUUAUGAAUUAUACUGGAAUGAUACAUACGCCAAACAGGAUCAUCACAAGCGAAUUUCCAAUACUGAAUCCUAUACGCUUGAUGGUUUGUAUCCUGAUACUUUAUACUACAUUUGGCUGGCAGCUCGUUCUCAAAGAGGUGAAGGUGCCACAACACCACCCAUACCCGUCCGUACGAAACAAUAUGUACCAGGUGCCCCACCACGCAAUAUCACAGCUGGUGCCAAUAGUCCCACAACAAUAGCGGUAAGCUGGUUACCACCACCUUCUGAACGUUCGAAUGGUCGCAUUAUCUACUAUAAAGUAUUCUUUGUUGAAGUGGGUCGUUCUGAUAGUGAGGCCACUAUAACGACUCUUAAUAAAACCGAAAUUAUAUUGGAUGAAUUGAAACGUUGGACCGAAUAUAAGAUAUGGGUAUUAGCUGGCACUUCGGUGGGUGAUGGACCACGUUCCCAUCCCCUUAUAGUGCGUACGCAUGAAGAUGUGCCUGGAGAUCCUCAAGAAGUUAAGGCUACUCCAUUAAAUUCGACUUCAAUUCAUGUUACCUGGAAACCUCCGCUAGAAAAAGAUCGUAAUGGUAUUAUACGUGGCUAUCACAUACAUGUUCAGGAAGUAAGAGAUGAGGGUAAGGGUUUCUUAAAUGAACCUCUGAAAUACGAUGUGGUAGAUGCUCUCGAAUACAAUGUUUCCGGUCUACAACCCGAUACUAAAUACUCCAUACAAGUCGCCGCUCUUACACGCAAAGGUGAUGGUGAUCGUAGUCCUGCUGUUAUAGUAAAAACUCCUGGUGGUGUACCCGUAAGACCUACAGUCAGUUUGAAAAUAAUGGAACGUGAUCCUACGGUAUCAAUUGAGCUAGAAUGGGAAAGACCGGCACAAACGUAUGGAGAACUAAGAGGCUAUCGUCUAAGAUGGGGUAUAAAAGAUCAGCCACUCAAGGAAAUGUUAAUGGGUCCACAUGAAACGAAAAAACCCUUUAAGGAUCUCGAACGUGGAGUGGAAUAUGAAUUCAGAGUUGCGGGUAGUAAUCACAUAGGUAUUGGUCAGGAAACUGUGAAGAAUUUCCAAACACCCGAAGGUGUACCCGGAGGACCACCAUCCAAUAUCACCGUACGCUUCCAGACACCCGAUGUAGUGUGUGUUACUUGGGAGCCACCCAUACGGGAACAUCGUAAUGGUAUUAUCACACGCUAUGAUGUACAAUUCCAUAAGAAAAUCGAUCAUGGUUUGGGCUCGGAACGCAAUAUGACUUUACGCAAGGCUGUGUUUACUAAUCUGGAAGAGAACACUGAAUACAUAUUCCGCGUGCGUGCUUAUACUAAACAAGGAGCUGGACCUUUUAGUGAAAAGAUUUUGGUUGAAACCGAAAGAGAUAUGGGUCGCGCUCCUAUGUCAGUACAAGCCGUAGCUACUUCCGAACAGACGGCGGAAAUAUGGUGGGAACCAGUGCCUUCAAGGGGUAAAUUAUUGGGUUAUAAGAUUUUCUAUACCAUGACCGCAGUGGAGGAUUUAGAUGAAUGGCAAACAAAGACUGUAGGCUUAACAGAAUCAGCCGAUUUGGUGAAUUUAGAAAAGUUUGCCCAAUAUGCCGUAGCUAUAGCGGCUAGAUUUAAAAAUGGUUUGGGUCGCUUAAGUGAGAAAGUUACGGUGAAAAUCAAGCCCGAAGAUGUGCCCUUAAAUUUGAGAGCCCAUGAUGUUACUACACAUUCCAUGACUUUAUCCUGGUCUCCCCCCAUAAGAUUGAAUCCCAUUAACUACAAAAUUUCCUAUGAUGCCAUGAAGGUGUUUGUCGACUCACAGGGUUUCUCACAAACACAGAUUGUACAGAGAAGAGAAAUUAUUCUGAAGGCUUAUGUUAAGACGCACACCAUCAAUGAACUGAGUCCCUUUACCACCUAUAAUGUCAAUGUAAGUGCUUUACCUUCGGAUUAUUCCUAUAGACCACCCACUAAGAUAACGGUUACGACACAAAUGGCUGCUCCACAACCUAUGGUUAAGCCAGAUUUCUAUGGUGUUGUAAAUGGUGAAGAGAUUUUAGUUAUUUUACCACAAGCUUCGGAAGAAUAUGGUCCUAUAUCACAUUAUUAUUUGGUGGUAGUGCCGGAGGAUAAAUCCAAUUUACACAAGAAUCCAGAUCAGUUCUUAACGGAGGAUCUAUUGCCAGGACGCAAUAAACCUGAACGGCCUAAUGCUCCUUAUAUAGCCGCCAAAUUUCCUCAGAGAUCUAUACCCUUUACCUUCCAUUUGGGUUCGGGAGAUGAUUAUCAUAAUUUCACCAAUCGCAAAUUGGAACGUGACAAGCGUUAUCGUAUUUUUGUUAGAGCUGUUGUCGAUACACCUCAGAAGCACUUGUAUACCUCAUCACCCUUUUCGGAAUUUUUAUCAUUGGACAUGCGUGAAGCUCCUCCAGGCGAAAGGCCUCACAGACCUGAUCCUAACUGGCCAUCAGAACCUGAAGUUUCGGUUAACCGCAAUAAGGAUGAACCCGGCAUGUUAUGGGUGGUCUUACCGGCCUUGGCAGCUUUAAUACUUGUCACCACUUUUAUUAUUAUCUACAUAAUCAAGCGUAAGAGACAACCUUGCAAGACACCAGAUCAGGCAGCUGUUACUAGACCUUUAAUGGCAGCCGAUUUAGGUGCUGGACCCACACCUAGCGAUCCGGUAGAUAUGAGACGUUUGAACUUCCAAACCCCCGGCAUGAUUUCACACCCACCUAUACCCAUCUCGGAGUUUUCGAAUCAUGUAGAACGCCUCAAAGCGAAUGACAAUCAGAAAUUCUCUCAGGAAUACGAAAGCAUUGAACCCGGACAACAAUUCACCUGGGAUAAUUCCAAUUAUGAAUAUAACAAACCCAAGAAUCGUUAUGCCAAUGUAACUGCCUAUGAUCAUUCACGUGUUAUACUGCCGCUUAUGGAUGGGGUAGUGGGUUCGGAUUAUAUUAAUGCCAAUUACUGUGAUGGCUAUCGCAAGCAUAAUGCUUAUGUAGCUACUCAGGGACCCUUGCAGGAAACUAUAGCUGAUUUUUGGAGAAUGUGUUGGGAACUGAAGACCACAACUAUUGUUAUGAUGACACGUUUAGAGGAGAGAACACGUAUUAAAUGUGAUCAAUAUUGGCCUACUCGUGGCACCGAAACAUAUGGACAAAUGUUUGUAACCAUCACGGAAACCCAGGAACUAUCUACUUAUAGUAUACGAACCUUCCAAGUCGUUAGACAAGGUUUUAAUGAACGACGUGAAAUUAAGCAAUUGCAAUUUACUGCCUGGCCCGAUCAUGGUGUACCCGAUCAUCCAGCCCCCUUCUUGCAGUUCUUGCGCAGAUGUAGAGCUCUUACUCCUCCCGAUUCUGGUCCCGUAGUGGUACACUGCUCAGCUGGUGUGGGACGUACCGGUUGCUAUAUUGUUAUAGAUUCGAUGUUGGAACGAAUGAAACAUGAAAAGAUUGUUGAUAUUUAUGGUCAUGUCACUUGUCUUCGAGCUCAACGCAACUAUAUGGUCCAAACCGAAGAUCAAUAUAUCUUUAUACACGAUGCCAUAUUGGAAGCCAUUAUUUGCGGUCAUACUGAGGUACCCGCUCGUAAUCUUCAUACCCAUUUGCAGAAACUAUUGACCACUGAACCUGGAGAAAAUAUCACCGGAAUGGAAAUAGAAUUUAAGAAAUUAUCCAAUGUUAAGGUGGACUCUUCCAAAUUCGUUACGGCUAAUUUACCCUGCAACAAGCAUAAAAAUCGCUUGGUCCACAUUUUACCCUAUGAAUCGACUCGUGUCUAUUUGACUCCCAUACACGGCAUCGAAGGCAGUGAUUAUAUUAAUGCCAGUUUUAUUGAAGGUUAUCGUUAUCGUUCGGCUUAUAUAGCGGCUCAAGGUCCUUUACAAGAUACCGCUGAAGAUUUCUGGCGUAUGUUGUGGGAACACAACUCAACGAUUGUGGUGAUGUUGACAAAGCUCAAGGAAAUGGGAAGGGAAAAAUGCUAUCAAUAUUGGCCCCAUGAACGUUCUGUACGUUAUCAAUAUUAUGUUGUUGAUCCCAUUGCUGAAUACAAUAUGCCACAAUAUAAAUUACGUGAAUUCAAGGUAACCGAUGCACGUGAUGGCUCUUCACGUACCGUACGACAAUUUCAAUUUAUCGAUUGGCCCGAACAGGGUGUACCCAAAUCGGGUGAAGGCUUCAUUGAUUUCAUUGGACAAGUGCAUAAGACAAAAGAACAAUUUGGUCAAGAUGGUCCCAUUACAGUGCACUGUAGUGCUGGUGUGGGUCGUACGGGUGUAUUCAUAACGCUGAGUAUUGUUUUGGAACGCAUGCAAUAUGAGGGUGUUUUGGAUGUAUUCCAAACAGUAAGAAUUUUACGUGCUCAACGGCCAGCUAUGGUGCAAACAGAGGAUCAAUAUCAUUUUUGUUAUCGUGCUGCUUUGGAAUAUUUGGGUUCAUUUGAUAAUUAUACCAAUUAGUUUAAUUUUAUAACAACUGUAUAACAGUUUGUUCAUUAAAUGAUACAUGAUUUAUAACAAAAGGAAGAUAUUUUUGGUUUUACGCGAAAAAAUGCAGUAAUAUAUUAAUUAUAGUUUAACAAAGUUGAAGAAAUAAAACGCAUAAAAAUUUGCAUUUUGUUUCGUAUUAGCAAAGAAUAUAACAGUUAUUAAGCAAGUAGUAUAACAGUUAUAAAAGUGUUAUAAGUAUAUAAGAAAUAUUUAAGUGUAAAGCAGUUUAAAAAUUUGUGGAAGUUUGAAGUUUAUUUGUUUGUAUAACAGUUAUGAAAACUGUUAUAAAAUUAUGUAGCUGUAAUAAGGACGUUUCUGGUAUUAUAUAACAAUUUAAAAACUGAUUUAAAAUGACUUAUAUCACUGUUAUAUUUGCUUUAGAAUUUAUAAAUAAUUUGUUUCUGAAGAAAUGCUAAGUGUUGCUGUUAUAACAGUUUUAUAAACUGUUAUAAUUAGUUAAAAUGCUUUAUAGAUUUUAAUAUUUGAAAGUUUUUUAAAAAAAUAUUAAAAAAUUUUAAAAUUUAACGAUUUUAAGAGAGAUAAACUUUGUAUAACAGUUGAGACAUUAAAAAUUGCAAACUUUUCAAAAAUUAUGAAAAUUUAAAACUUUUAUAAAUAAUGAAAGUUAAAUAAAUAUAAAUUAUGUUAUAAAAGUGUUCAUUAUGUAUGACUCAGUUGUAUAACAGUUGAGAAAACUGUUAUAAUUUUUAAAAAUUCUCAUGGAAAUCUAUUAAAAACUUUUGAAACUGAAAAAUUAAACUUUUAAUGUAUGUUUUGCUGGUAUAACAGUUUUUCAAACUGUUAUAAUUAAUGAAAAUGCUUCGUGAAGUUUAAUACUUUUAAAAAAUAUUUAAAAAGUAGAUUAUAUUUUUAAUAUCGAACGAUUUAAAGCAAUAAUUGAAAAGUAUAACAGUUAAAAAGUAAAAUAUAUAAACAUUACAAACAUUUUGGCAUAUAAAUGUGUUAUACAUAUUUAUUAUUAAUUAUUUUAGUAGUUAUUUUUAAAGCCAAAUGUUGUUAGAGCAGUGCAGGUGUAUAACAGUUAAAUAAACUGUUCUAAUUUCUAAAAAUUCCCUUAAAAAUAUGUCUAAAACUAUAAAACUGAAAAGUGAACACUUUUAAAGCGUUUGUUUGGUUAUAUAACAGUUUUACUAACUGUUAUAAUUAUCAAUAAUGCUUAAUUGGAGUUUAAUGCAUUUGAAAAUCUUUUAAAAAUUUUUGAAAAUAGUUUUUAAAAUCGACCAAUUUAAACAAAAAUAAAAAAGUAUAACAGUUAAAAAGAAGAAAUAUAAACAUUUUUAAAGCUUUAGUAUAUAAAUGUGUUAUACAUAUAUAUUGAUUAGUAGUUAUUUCUAAAGACAAGUAUUGGUUGUAUAGCUUUGGCUUAUAACUGUUAAGAAAACUGUUAUAAUUUCUUUAAAUAUUCUUAGUAAAGUGUUAUAAGCAAUAAAUUUGAAAAAGUGCUUAUAAUUUUAUAUGGCUAAAACUUUUUAAGUAUAAUUAGGGUUUAUAAUAGUUAUUAAAACUGUUAUAAAUAUCUUAAAUAAACUGCUGACACUGUUUAAAGCAUUAAAGUGGAAAAAAAGAAGAAAUUUUUUACAAAAAUUUAAAUUUUUAAUAUAACUGUUAUAAUUAUCAUAAAGAAAUGAGCAUUUAUUUAAGUGUUUUAAAAUAUAACACUUAUAACUAUAUAAACGUACUUCAAACAAGUUAUAUAGUAAAUUUAAAAAAAAAAUCUUAAAAUAUUUACAAAACUGUUAUACAACAAAGUUUUACUAACAAAUAUUUGAAAAUUUUAUAAUAUUUCUGCUUUAAUUUCAUUAAACAAAUAAUAAAACUUAUAGCUUUUAUAUUUUAUUAUUAGAACACUUUUAUAACUGUUAUAAUAGCUUGUGUAACUGUUAUAACAUUAAGAAAAUAAUAACAAUUUAAAAAGAAAAAAAUCAAAAACAAACAUUUCAAGCAUUUUCUUGCUUCUUUAUUAUCAUUAAUUUUUAAGAACUCCCUCCCAUUCCACUUCAUCUCUAACUUUAUAAUUUCCCUUAGAUUUAAUUGAAAAACAAGAAAACAAAUAAAAAACUGUUAUAAUUAAAACUAAAAUUUAAAUUUAUUUUAAAUUUUAGCCGUCUUUUAAGUUAUUGUGAACUAAAAAAGACUGUUUAUGCAUUAAUUAUAAUUAAAGUGAACAAAAACCUUAAAAAAAAUAUAUUAAAUAUUAAUAAAACUAAUAAAACUUUAUAUAUAAACAUUUAUUUUAUUUUCAAACUUAAAAAAAUCCCUUUGAAAAACAAACAAAAUUUUAGUUUUAAGUAACAAAAAUAUAUUAAUUUUUAAAUUAAAUCAAUAUUCAAUAUACAAACUGAUAAAGUUCGCGUAGUAUUCGCUAAAAUAUUCCAUUUUUUUUAAACAAUUGCUAAGUCAAGUACUUAUAUUUAUAAAAAAAAUAUAUAUAUAUAAUUUUAUUUACAAAAGAAUCUCUUUUAAGGCAGCUAUUUAAAUUUGUUCUUUUUAAAUAAAAUUUAUUUUUGUUAAAUUCCUUUUUAUUACUUUCUUUUAUAUUUAUUUUUAUUUUUAACUUUUAACGUCCAUUUUAUUUCAUUACAACAAAUGUUUUUGCAAAUUUUUGUUUCAAUUUUCUAUUGACAACUUAAUUGCGUCCAUUUUAACCAAAUUUGAUUUAUAAAAUCUUUUAUUUAAAUUAGUUUUCUUUGUAAUUUUCUUUGUAAAUUAAACUUUAGUUAUAAUAAAAACUUAAACUUAAGUUAAACCGAGUUUAAGUCUUAAAAAACUCAAUAUUAUAUUCAAACAUCAAGUGAUUCCAUACAUAUAACUAAAAAUCUAGUCUGUAUUAACAUAAUCAAUCCAAAACUUAACAAAUAUAAAUUCCAUUUUACCCCUUUUCCCACCCCUAAAGUAUUUUAAAUUACUUUCUUGGUAUCGAGUAAGUAACUGCUACAUUAAACAUUCCUUGUAAAUAUGUUUAUAUAACUUAAACUUUGUUUAACUUAAGUUUUAUUAAGCGGCCUUAUUUUGUUUAAAUUAAGUUUAUUUUUGUUUAAUUACAGACAUUUUUUAAAAUUAUAUUUGUCAUUAAACUGCCUUAUAAUUUGUGUUUAAUUUAAGUUAAUGUUUAAUUUUAUGUUUGUAUUUAAUACUUACUUUGUAUAUUUUUGUAAAUUGCUUUCUAACGAUUAAAGUUUUAAACGAAUUAAAUAAAUUUCUGUUUUUCUUUUAAUAUUUUUAUUUUUAUAACUUUCAUAGUACACGGCUUGAUUCCAAGCUGAGUUCUAUUUCAGUUCUAGUUAAUUCUAGUUCUAUUCUAGUUCUAUUAAAGUUCUUGUUCAGU